GUCACGUGUCGAUAACCCCGCGCCAGUGGGGCCUCGACAAUUGCCAGCUUGCGGUAGGCAUUCAUUUCAUGACGCCUCUAUUAAUACGCACAUCACACACGCACACAACAUUAUGAAGGAGGCGCAGCUGGCAUCUUGCCUGGCAAAGAGGAAUACUGAUAGCAGCGACGCUGCACUUUGAUCGCUUGAUGAUCGGCGCCUCGGCCUAUGCUCACUGAGAUCACUCGGUCCCUUGUCAGUCUCAGUUGCCGAGCCGGAGUCGGAGGCAAUGGCGACGGCGACCAUGGUUGAGAGCUAUAGUAACUUCAGGGAGCUGGGCGUUGGGCUACGCCGCCCCGGACUGCUCCACAUUGACUUCCAGCGACGCUGGAACAUACGCACCGUCUAUGAACUGCUACGGGCCUUGGACCUGGCCAAUGCAGACACCACUGUCCAGGUGGUGGUGCUAUCCGGCGAGUUAUCCGUGGGACCGCACGACCCAUUGCUCCUGGAGCAGGGAAAGGUGAAAAGGCAUCGCCAGCUGCCGAUCACAAAGGAGACCCAGGCAGUAAGCAGCGACGAUGCCGAGGAUCGGUACAUUCACGAAAAGUCGGCCAACUUUGUGAUGCGAUCGCUGGCCAAGAAGAUGUUGGUGCACCGCAAGCUGCUGGUGGCCUUCGUCGAGGGACGAUGCCUUGGUCUGGGCCUCAGCGUGUGCAGCCUGUGCGAUUUGGUUUAUGCCAAGGAAGCCGCCGUCUUUCUGCCCGCCCUCUCGCACCUGGAUCCCUGCGCAGAGGUGGGCCCCUUCUGGACGCUUCCACACAUCCGCUGGUUGCUCCACCUGGGCGAGCAGGCGGAUGCGAGGACCGCGUUCCAUUGCGGCCUGGUGGCCAGUGUGCUGAACGAGUCGCAGGAGUUCUGGGACCGCAUGGAUCAGUAUUCGUGUCUGCCAUCGGCUGCGCUAAUGGCCACCAAGCGGCUCUUGCUCAACCAUUGGCGGCAAUCCGUGCUAGCCGAGCUGCGACAGGAGGGCACACCGAUGGCCGCGCAGGGACGACGCUUGGCCAGAUCCAAGCUGUAAGGGGAGAAAGCAUCUGAAGAGGAUUUAGAGUAAUAAACAUAAACGUGAAGAC